AGCUGUAGAAAUAACCGCAUACCCGCCAUGCGCGAUAUAGACGCAUCUCUUUUCUACGUGGGACGUGCACCUCACGGUUGUUGCGGAACACCGUCGGUGCGUCUUCCUGAUCGUGAAUCAAAAUGGGGUUCGUUAAGGUGGUCAAGAACAAGCAAUACUUCAAGCGGUAUCAAGUUAAGUUCAAGAGGCGUCGCGAGGGUAAAACCGAUUACUAUGCUCGCAAACGGCUUACCGUUCAGGACAAGAACAAAUACAACACUCCCAAGUAUAGGCUGAUUGUCCGUCUUUCAAACAAAGACAUCACUUGUCAAGUAGCUUACUCCCGCAUCGAAGGAGACAAGAUUGUCUGUGCGGCUUACAGUCAUGAGCUUCCCAAGUACGGAGUAAAGGUUGGUUUGACCAACUAUGCGUCUGCGUACUGCACAGGACUUCUUCUGGCUAGGAGGCUUCUGAAAAAGUUGGGCCUGGAUACUCUGUACGCUGGUACAACUGACGUCAAUGGUGACGAAUACAACGUUGAAGAAUUAGACGAUGGUCCAGGUGCUUUUCGGUGCUACUUGGAUACAGGGCUCAUGCGCACGACAACUGGCGCUCGAGUUUUCGGAGCCAUGAAGGGAGCUGUAGAUGGAGGCUUGAAUAUCCCCCACAGCACAAAACGGUUCCCUGGUUACGAUAAUGAAGCCAAAUCCUUCAAUGCUGAUGUCCACCGGCAGCAUAUUUUCGCGCAGCACGUAGCAAACUACAUGCGCACGCUAGAGGGCGAGGACGAGGAAGCAUUUAAUCGCCAAUUUUCCCAGUACAUCAAAAACGGCAUUACUGCCGACAGCAUCGAAACCAUCUACAAAAAGGCCCAUGAAGCUAUCAGAGCCAAUCCUGUGCACACGGUAGUGAAGAAGGACAAACAACCAGUUAAGAAACGCUGGAACCGCCUGCGUCUCACGCGUUCGGAACGGAAGAAUCGUAUCGCCCAGAAGAAGGCUUCUUUCCUUAAGAAAUUGGAAGAAACUGAGGCUUAACUUCGUUCCGUUACUCGGCACCGACUUGCUGUUCCUUUCAAUCUUUAUCGAUGCAGACUUCUGUAAACUCAAGUUCUCAGAAUGUAUUUUAUAUCUGCCACUGGCGGUAAUUCGGCAAUGUAAUAAACGGAUUGGAUUCAA